AGACGGCCCUGGGCUCGGGAGAGCUUUUGUCCGGACCGGCGGGAGACGAUGGCAGGGGCUGGGGAGUCCGAGGGGCUGGGGUCCUCCCCAGGGGGCGGGGACAUGGCGGCUGCCACUUGGAGACUCGUGCUUGUGCUCCCCUUCCCGUGGGGCCGGAGCGCGCCGGAGUCCGGCGUGAGGCACCGGCCGGGGGCUCGGCGGCCGCACAAAGGGGUGCUUCCGAGGAGGGGGCGUGGAGUGCGGUGACCCCGGGGCUCCCACGCCAGCCCGCUAGCUCUGCGGGACCAGGAGCUCGCUAAUCCCGUCCCGGGGACCCCCGGCCCGACCGGAUUGACCAGGACCAGCGAGGCGUUGGGGGGAGAGGACUGGCCUUGAGCGGAGCCAGGAAGGACGGACCCACGUGGGGCUGAACUCCGGGGAGCCUCGGUGGUUGAAGUCUCCGCGGGGCACCGCUGGGUGCUCGGGAGUCUGAUGUGCAGGCAGCCGCGCUUCUGCCUCCCCCCUAAAAAGUUCCCGGCGGCCUGGGGGGGAGCGGCCCGCGCGAGCCGGCGGCCGCGAGUGACCGCGCGCGGGGCCCAGCUCCAGGCGGCCACGCUUGCCGUGUUUGGCGCCCAAACUGAUGCGGGAGGGAUGAAAAGUGAAGUGUGCGCCGUGCCGGGACAGGUCCCGCCCCGCACCCCCAGCCUCGGGGCCGAAACGGGGCAGCGGGAAGGAGGGAGGAGGACCCCAGGAGGCAGCGUCAUCUCGCUGCGGGAUCCGGGGACUCGGAAACCGGGCAGCGGGGGUCUGACCCUGCCAAGGACAAGGACGCCGACCGAGUCGGGGCUGGCGCCGCGAGCGCCCCGGCGCGGGGCAAGCCCCCCGGCUCGGGGCACCUAGGCGACCCGCACACAGGGUCCCUGACCCUGAGGGACGGGCACACUUGUGUGCCCUCGCAGACCCAGGUGGGCACAGCACACAGCCCGCCCUGGCGAGCACACGUGCACAGAUGGGUACACAGACAUCUGUAUACACAGGCAAGUACAUGCUUGCACCCAGGCGGAGGCUGCCCAGCCAGAGGUACCCUUCCCCCACCCUCCCUCUAGGGCUGGGGAGGCGGAUCCUGAAACCUGCAGUUUUCUUUAUGUCUUAAAUGCGCAUGAAGGAAUUAAACUGCACGAGUGAAUAACAGCAUUAGUUUCAAUUAAUUUUUUUUAUCCUGGCAACAAUAAACUUUGGGAACAAAGCGCUUUUACAUCCUUAAUUAGGAGAGUUUCCCAUCUGCAGCCUCUCUAAGUGUCUGCUCCUUGAUUUAACUUUGUCUCUUCCUCCCCCUUCCACCCCACUCUUCCACUGCCCUCCCCCCACCUUUCUAUUUUCUCCUCGCGACACCAUUAACCCUUCCUUGGGCCAGGAGCAGGGCCUCUGUCUCUCCCCGGCUGGGCCCUGAGCCUUUCUGUCUCUCCCUCCCCGGUUUUGGGCUCUCCCUGCUGGGCCUUGAGCUUCGUGCUCUUGCCUGGCCUGCUCUGGUUGCAGCCCCAGGCGGGCUGUGUCUCCUUGUGGCCCCCGCAGCCGCUGGGAGGGGUUCCCAUAGCCCUGGGCAGCGAGCCCAGGUGAAACCUGCAUCUCCCCAAAGUUCUGAGACUUUGAAAGCCUUGCUGUGAGUGGGAGCUGAGCUGUAUCGGAGGAGGGUGCAUUAAAGGAGCCGAGUCGCUGCAAGCCUGAAGCAGGAGCCCACACCCUGGAAAAUUCUGCAGUCUUUCAGCAUUCCCGCCCAAGGCGCCUAGCCCUGGGCUCUGAGUGAGCAAGCCAGCCAGCGAGCUCAAUGGCGCUCCUACAACUGCCUUCUGUUUACCUUUUAUGGUUAAAAUAACAGCUUCGCAAAGAAGCAACUUCACGGAGAAACGAUUCAGUGAAAUCAUCUCAAGCUGGAGCCGCACAGCGAGUUUAAUCACCCCUAGAGAGCUGAACAACUGUGAACACAAUGGGACACAAACUCAUUUUGAGGGAAGAAGCAUGUCCCGACUCUCUCUCACACGGUCCCCAGUUUCUCCCCUGGCAGCUCAGGGAAUCCCGCUCCCAGCUCAGCUUACCAAGUCCAACGCUCCCGUGCAUAUCGACGUAGGGGGACACAUGUAUACCAGCAGUCUGGCUACCCUCACCAAGUAUCCGGACUCCAGGAUAAGUCGUCUGUUCAAUGGCACAGAGCCCAUCGUGCUAGAUAGUCUGAAGCAACAUUAUUUCAUUGAUCGGGAUGGGGAGAUAUUCAGAUACGUCCUUAGCUUCCUGCGGACAUCAAAACUCCUGCUGCCAGAUGACUUUAAGGACUUCAGCCUCCUGUAUGAGGAGGCCCGCUACUACCAGCUGCAGCCCAUGGUGAGGGAGCUGGAUCGCUGGAAGCAGGAGCAGGAGCAGCGGCGCCGGGGCCAGGCCUGCGAGUGCCUCGUGGUCCGCGUGACGCCCGACCUCGGCGAGCGCAUCGCCCUCAGUGGGGAGAAGGCACUUAUCGAGGAAGUCUUCCCGGAGACCGGGGAUGUCAUGUGCAAUUCUGUCAAUGCCGGAUGGAACCAGGACCCCACACACGUCAUCCGCUUCCCGCUGAACGGCUAUUGCCGGCUCAACUCCGUGCAGGUCCUCGAGAGACUGUUUCAGAAAGGCUUUAGUGUGGCUGCCAGCUGCGGGGGAGGGGUGGAUUCCUCCCAGUUCAGCGAAUAUAUGCUGUGUCGGCAGGACAGACGGCUUCAGCAGGCCCCGACCACCAUCCGGAUAAAGCAGGAGCCCCUGGACUAGACUGCCCUCGCCAUCUUGGUGCCGAGCCAUCCCCGUGGCAGGCGCCGGGGGGUCGGAAAACAGUGUUAGCAACUUGGGUGUGGAGCUCCUUGGCCAGUCGGGGGUUUUCCCAAUGGUGGUCACCCAGCCGGUCCUCAUUGUAAAGCCCCGGAGCGCACUGGCGGACAGACGGGGCCUGCCUGGGAAGGCGGCCGAGGGCCAUUUCUUCCCGGCAGUGGUGGCGUUGGACCUGAGCGGCCCUUCCGGUGCCCGCGGGGUGUGUGGUGGGGCUUGGGUGACAGGGCUGCGUGGAAGGAGCCCCGUGGACAGCCUUCCCACACCCCCAUCCCCUCCCGGCCCGGAGCCCGAGGCCCCCGAAGGACUAAGGCCAGUGCGACGCUGGGCUGGACGUGGCCUCGGCAAGGCGCCGCGUCUCGCCAGACGUGCUCCACAUUUCCAUGCGUGUGUCUGACGUCUGUGAUUGUUCAUGCUAGUAAAUGGCUUAUUUUUCUACAAUAUUUAAAAUGAAAGUGGCUUCUCUGCUGAGGUUGGAGAAACAGACAAGGACCGAUGCAUAUUUAUCUGGUGCUCAAUACUUUACAAAAAGGAAACUGUCAGUGUGACUCAUUGUGGCCUGUUUUCCAAAGUAAGAUCCACCUCGAGAGCAGCCCCAGGCCCAGGACAGGACCCCAAAACCAAGGCCAAAGUAUGGAAGCUUUUGUGCUAGCAAAGCAGGCCCAGGAAGAUGCCAGCCCGGCCUCCCCCACCGCUCCUCCUGUACGCCCUGGGGGGCGGGGGGCGGGCGGUCAGCAGGGCUCCCUUGGAGCUUUAGGAAAAAGAGCCACCUCUAUGCUCUGCAGGACAGGACACAUCUUUGUUUUCUCUCUUGUUAAUUUAAAAGUAUUUUUGAAAUACUGAUGGCACACUUGCCCUUCUGCUGUGUCUGCCUCUUUAGGGAAGGUCUCUUCCCGCUUUUAUUUGGCCCCUACAAUGUUUCUUUAAUGAAAACAGUUAUCAUCUCUUCUGACUUCAGCAGCAGCCGCUUCUGUAACUCAGGAGACAGCGCUGCGUUUGCAGGUGCCAGCCUAUAAAUAGCGUUCUGUGAAAUCCUGCUCAUUGCUGUAUGGCGUGAUUGGGGGCCUCAGUCACUAAUUCGUGCGCUAAUCACAAUUUAGUUUCUCCCACAUUAAUUUAUAGAAUCCUGUUGUAGACACUGAAUUUUAAUUAAACUGUUCUUAGACAAACAUGGUCAUUAAGGAGAAGGGACUGAGCUCUUCUGAUGAUCUGGGGCCUCUCAGUCCAGACGAUGAAUUCGACAGAAAGUUAGAUCCAGAACAGAAGCAAAUGAGCCCAUUGGGGGCCUGUUCCCUCCCUUGUGCUAACAGGUACUGAGCCAGGCUUGUCUGGUGUUUGGGGGGCUGUAAAGCUAAGCUACUCCUUCUUUGAUUUUAUAUAGUGUGACACUUUAUACACUCACUGAUGGAAAAAGCGACCCUGUCCUGCCAUAUCUGAACAGAUGGCACACCACUCACCUUCCUCUGUAAGAUACCUGUAGAGUUGUAUAUUAUGCAUUUAAUAUUGUAAAGAUCUUAAUGUAUAUUGUCGUGUAUUCCUUACACAGUACUUCAUGCCAUAAACAUUUCUCUUAUGGACUGAAAUGCAGUUCUGAGGAUUAGCCCUUGUCUCCCAUGUUCUGCCCCAGAGAUAAGUUUGGGUUGAAUUUCCUGAGAUUUGUUUGGUUUAACCAGAGAAAUAAUUGGCUUCGUCCAUCCUCUGGGGUGGGGUGGUGGGAAUUGUGUUCUUGGUGUUGAUUUCCUAGGCCCCGGUGUUUAAGUACGCUGGAGUCUCGUUCAUUCAUUCCAGUCAUGCCCUUCCUAUCUUGUGGUAACUGAGGUGCUGAAUUCUAGUCUUGGUCCUAAAAGGAAAUUCCAGGAAGCUAUAAAGGUUAAAUAUAUCUCAUCAGUACCUCACUUGGGAAAAGCAAAAGGAAAUCCAGGCUGAAAACAAUAGACAGAAAACUUUGUCAGGGUGUUUUGUUUUUUAAACUUAAGUUAAAAAUGUUUGGGUUUUGUUUUUUCUCUACUUCUUUCUAUUGGUGUUGACAGUAUUUUUAUGGCCCUACAGAGCAGUUGGUUAGAGCUCUGUGUGAAGGCACAUCACAAAGCCUCGUGGGCCCCAAUCAGGUUAGUCGGUACAUCCAUGCUGUGCAUAUGGUUUGGCCUGUAUCACCCCAAUAUUAGCUACAAGCAGCCUUAACACAGAGGAAGAUGUAGGGAAGCAAUUACUCCGUUAGGAGAAGUACAUUUUUUUUCCAAGGAAAAAUGUUUAAACUAGGAUAUGAUCAUUUAGCUAGCAGUUCUGGUCAUUGAUUUUUUAUGCUUUUGUAUUUUUUUUUUUUAUUUUAAAUCUCCAUUUUCCCCCAUCCCUUUCCUGUCCUAACUGCCACACCCACCAGAGCUAAUUUCCAUGCUUAUAAAAGCUGUGUUUAAUGAUAGCUAUACAGACUGAAUUAGGAGACUUGCUCCCUGCCUGUUAACACAAAAACAGCCAGCACCUCGAGGAAAGGACAGUGUAGACAGGAGUGCCAAUCUGUGCUAUUCCCACAGUAAUUCAAAUUCUACAAAAAAAUCUAAUUUUAACAAAAUUAUUUGGAUUUUUUUUUUUUUUUUUUUUUUUUUUUUUACUCAACAACAAAACUCUGGUUUCCAUAUUUCCCAUCUCUUGGGUGUCUGACAGGAGAAGAGAAUGGAGAACAUUAGGCCAUGCUUAAUGGACAGAGAACUGUAAAGAAGGCAGCACUGUGUCUUCCUUGACUUUUCUGGCACCCAGUUUUGUUGGUGGUUUUGUGAGACUAUAUCUGGCCUAGAGAAAGACUUAAGCACAACAGAAGUUCAACCACUAAAGAUUAGAGGGUUGCUAUUAUGUUGUGAUUAUUGUCUUAAUAUUUUGAUUCAAAAACUUGUUUCUGACCAGUGGGUAAAAUAACAAAAUGUGAUACAAAAUCAUAAUUGAGAACAGGUAUCUGUACUGAAUUACUUUAGUAAACAGUUUUAUUUCUUUCUAAAUACAAACAAGGAAAUGUUUUCACCCUAAUUGGGAAACUUCUGAAUAAUGUACAGAAAUUGUCAAAAUAACAAUUCUAAUAAACAUAAAGUCUUUGUAAACGAUAUGUACAAACUAUCAAUACAUUCAAAACAUAUUUUUACACUUACUGGUCUGAAUACCUUGUGCAUAAUCUUUUGACUAAAUAGCAAAAUCAAAUUUUCCUGUUUCUCAGAAAACUUAAAAAUUAAUUAUUUUUGUUUUAAAAAACUAUUGGACAAAGUUCUGUCUGCUCUUAUGAUUGUUCCCUUAAAAAGUUUUGUCUCCCGAAUGAGGCAUUCUCGAAACACAGUCAAAAAUGUAAGACGAUUGGGCAAAGGGAUCGUACCCCCACUCUUACAGCACCCCUUUCUGAAAGGGGGUGGUUGUCCUGCUCACACAGGAAUGCUGCCACCUGGUGUGACAGUGACUUUAAAAGUCAAU